AAAAUCGGAGCGCUUGCGCUGAGGUUAGAAUUUUAUUGAUUUUAUAAACCGUGUGUGAACUGACAUUUGAGGAAAACAAAUGAACUCUACACUUACAAGGCCCCCUAACCCAUUACACUACCACAUUACUAGUCUUCUAAGUUGUGCCGGCUCGGUUCAUCACCUCCGACGUUUUAAAAAAUGGAGCGUAAAAUUGAAGACCAACUAGAAUUUUUAAACGCCCCUGGAACAAGCGGAACACAAGCGUUUUCCUCAUCUGAAGAUGACUCCGAUUCAUCGAGCGACGAAGAAGUUACCGUGUCAAAGAAUCUCAACGAAAAUUAUGAAGAUGAAAUUGAGAACAAUUUGAUCGGUUUAACCAAGAAAAAGGAAAAGACGAAAACUAAAAAGGAAGGAAAGGUGAAGAGGAACAGGAGGAGAUCCAAAAUACCAGUGCACUUGCGGGGUCUUAUGGGUGAAGCAAAUUUAAGAUUUGCCAGAGGUGAUUGGGCAACAGCUGAGAAAAUGUGCUAUGAGUUGAUAAGACAGGAGCCACAUGCUUUUGAACCCUACCAGACAUUGUCACAAAUUAAUGAAAGCAAGAAUAAAGAGACCAGCAUUGAGUAUUUAACAAUUGCUGCUCAUUUAGACAAAAAUAAUGCAGAUAGGUGGGUUACAUUGGGAGAUUACUACUGUGACACUAAGAAGAAUUACAGAGGAGCUGUUACUUGUUAUACAAGAGCUGUGAGGGCCCAACCAAAAAAUUAUGACCUGCAUUUGAGAAGGAUACAACUUUUAGAACUAAUAAAGGAUAAUAGAUUUGCAAUAAGGUGCAAAGUGCAAUUGCUGCAUACAUAUAGCAAAAAAUGUGUUUCUGAAAUCAUUGCCUUGGCAAAAGAGCUGGCUGAGCAUUAUCAUAUAGAAAAAGACUAUGCCAAGGGAGUAGAAGUAUUUUCUGUUCCAUUUAUGAAAAUAAAGAAGCACAUCACUCCGGAAUUAGUCAACAUGUACCUGGAACUGCUGCUAUUGAAUGAAAGUUAUCCUCAGUGCCUUGAUGUGUUUGUUCAAUACUGCAAUAUUGACAUUGAAGUAUUCCUAAAUGAAGACAACAAAGUUCAGGUAUUGUCAUUCACAAUGCCCGAGACGCUCGAGAUUGAUUUGCGUAUUAAAUUUAUUAUAUGUUUGGUUAAACUAGAUGCAUUUGAUUUUGUUGAUACGCUAAUCUCGCCGAUUCUCGAAGACGAAGAGAAUGUUGAGAAGAACGGCGAUUUGUACCUGGACGUGGCCGAAGCGCUUAUGUCCAAGGGAAAGUACAUGGAAGCUCUGCAACUUCUCAUUCCAUUAAUCAAAAGUAAUAACUUUAGUCUGGCUGCGGUGUGGCUGAAGUAUGCAGAAUGUUUGAGUGAAUGUGGCCGCAAAUCUGAUGCUAUUGAUGCGUAUCAGACGGUUGUACGUUUAGCACCGAUGCAUCUGGAAGUGCGACAUCCGCUCGCGCAACUGUUGAUCAACACAGGUCGGUAUGACGAGGCACUGGUUGCUAUGUCCCAACAACCCGACUCACAUCAACUGGACGUGGAACUACUUAUGAAGCAAAUGGACUUUCUGCUUGAACAUGGAAGGACGCAGGAAUACUUGGAUUGUGUGGAUGUCUUUCUGCGGCGGCAUUGCGUAGUUUGUAAAUAUAAGGAUGAAUUGCGACAAGUGACGUUCCAGGAGACCAUCACGGAGAAAAUCACUCGAUUGAACAGGUCUAGGCAGACGAAAGGCGAUGAUUUGGUGAGUCUUGAUAUUACAAGUAUACGCGAACCUAGUAUUGAAGAGGAAUACAAAUUAUAUCGGAGUAUCUUGAAUUUUUGUUACAAGAACAAAUUUUAUAUCGAAUUGAAAAAGUUUGCGUUUUAUGGCCUCUGUUCUCAAAGAUUCAAGGUGUACGUCUACGAAAUAACAAUUGUGGCACUGUAUUCUUGCUUAUUAACUAGAGAUAGUGCAUUAUCGUUUCCUAUAAUUCGUGAUUUGUUAAUCAGAAAGACUACGAAACCAAAUCAUCGUCUUUGGAAUUUAUUUAAUAUAGCCAUGCAAAAUCAGGAAGAAAUGAAACAGACACGUUUUCUAAUGCGUCUGGGGAAGACGCAAGUAUGACUUUUGAAAGUUCUUGAAAGCUGCGUUGCCAUGACUUCGGGGUCGUAUCGUAUUGCAAAUAUGUAUCUACUGCCUUAUCUGAAACAACAGCCAACGCCGUUUGUGUAUAUGCUACUGGGGGUUACGUUUCUGCAGAUGAGUUGUCAGAAGUAUCGCGAGAUGAAGAAAAAAUUGACGCAAUGCAGUUACGGUUUCUUUUCUAAUUACGCGAACAAACGUGGCAAAGAUGCAAUGCCGGAGGUAUAUUACAAUUUAGGUCGCAUGUACCAUCAGUAUGGCAUAAUGCACCUUGCCGUGCAUUAUUAUAAACUUGUGUUGGAAUUCCAACAUCCCCUAUAUGAGCAGUACGAAGACGUACUUGACUUGAAGCAUGAAGCGGCCUAUAAUAUGGUUGUUAUUUACAAAGAAUGCGAAAAUUAUGUCGGUGCUAGAAAUAUUAUGACUAAAUAUUUAACUAUUUAGUACACAAAUCAAUGUGCCUAUACAUUUGUAUCUUGUAUAUAACGUUGUUAUUAAUAUUUAUGUCAAUUCUGGGCAAAAA